AUGGGCAUUAACACCUCAGAAAUGCAGCAAGUACUCAUCUCUUCCUGUUGCAUUUUGUUAAUGGCUUUCUCCAAAGUUCUUGGAGAAACACAAAAUACCUGCAAAGAAUUGAAGUGUGGGGAUAAAGGCCCGCCUAUCCAUUUCCCUUUCCGCCUCAAAGAUAGGCAACCAGAUCACUGUGGCUACCGUGGGUUUGCUGUGUCUUGCAAUGAGAGACAUCAGACGGUUCUUGAGCUGCCAAUUCUAGUCAAACUCUGUGUUAAAAGCAUAGAUUAUGAGCAUCAGCAAAUCUCUUUUUACGACCCAGAUAAUUGCCUGCUGGUAAAAGUUUCAGAAAUCCUCAACAUGUCAAUCUUUCCUUUCCACUUUUCAAAAGAGUCCAUGAACAUUACCUUAUUCAAUUGUUCUGCUGUUCUUGAAAGACGGCCAUAUAAUGAUCGGGUUCUAAAUGGCGUUCUAAAUGGCCCCUGCCUCAGCAACCUUGGCAAUCAAAUCUAUGCCAUUUAUGAUGACUACGAAAUUGAUAACCUCCAGCCUUGCACAAAGAUGCAUAAUGUUUUAUCAGGUCCAGUUUCAAAUUUAGACAGAUCUCUUAGUGUUUUGAGAUGGUCUACACCAAAUUGCACAAAAUGUGAAGCAGGAGGCAAGAAGUGUAUGCUGAAGAACAAUGGCACCAGAGUUGAAAUUGAAUGUGUUGACUUGAAGAAAGCAGUAAGGCAAUAG